AUGGAGGCUCCUCACUCGUUGCAACGUGCUUCUUCUUCUUCUUCUUCUCAAAGCUCAAGCUUCUUUAGACUCGUUGGGGUUGCUAAGAAAUUGAAGGGAAAAAUACCGAUCUUGAUCAAUAUAAAAGAGGAGGAAUUUAGCAAUCCUAGUAAUGUAUCAACAGUGUCAGAUGCUGAAAAUAAGGAGAAAGGGGUUAUCAAGAGUGCUUGCGUUGGAGGAGUACGUUUUGAGAAGAAGCUGGGUGCUUACCACAUGUCUAAAGGCGACCUCAACAUUCCGACACGAUUCAAGGAGUCGAGUGGACUAUGGGAGCAAGAUGAGCUGAGCCUUGAAGAUCCAAAAGGCCGAUUAUGGACCAUUAAGCUCCGUCGUAAAAAGGGAAGGCCGGGAAAUUCACUACGGUGUACCAUGUCUAAAGGUUGGCUAGAGUUUGCUCGCGCUAACAAGUUGAAGGAUGGAGAUAGAUGCAUCUUCAAAUUAGUGUCUCAAGGCGAAGGAAAGGAAAAUGUUAUGCAAGUGAAAGUACUCAAGAAGUGUAUAUUUGACGCAUGAAACAAUCUCUUGCUAAACAUAAGUGUAACAUGUAUCUAUCUGUACUUAGUUUCAAUGUUUGUUCAUAUAAGUCUCCUGAUGUACCUAGAGGUGCCGGGAGUCCGGAACCGCUAGUUGAAUACUUGAAAGGUCUGGAACUUAUCAUGUCGGUGUUAUAAAUUUAUACUCUAAUAUGUCAU